CUCCUCCCAACACGUCACGAGGGAGUGUGUCGGUAGCGGUAGGGCUCUCAGUGGUUAGCUCUGCUCCUGUUAGCACCACUUAACCACAACCGACUCGACCACUGAAGGUUUCAAUGGUGUUGGCUUGAUGGGAUCCAAGCAGGUGACAAAGUGAUGGUCUAAGGACUCACAGUCACAGAGGUGCUUGCGCGUGGAAUGUUGCGCUGGUCGGUGCACCUAGAAGGAGGGCCACGGAGAGUCAACCAUGCUGCUGUGGCAGUGGGGCACAAGGUGUACUCCUUUGGAGGCUACUGCUCCGGAGAGGACUACGAGACACUCCGUCAGAUUGAUGUGCAUGUCUUCAAUUCAGUGUCUUUGCGCUGGAUGAAGUUGCCUCCAGUGAGGACCGGAGGACAGGAACGUGCCCGAGAAGUGCCAUAUAUGCGUUAUGGCCACACAGCUGUGCUGCUGGAUGAUAUUAUCUACCUCUGGGGUGGGCGUAAUGACACAGAGGGGGCCUGCAAUGUGCUUUAUGCCUUUGAUGUCAACACCCACAGAUGGUUCACACCCAAGAUUUCGGGGACUGUUCCAGGAGCAAGGGAUGGCCACUCAUCCUGCGUCCUGGGGAAGGCAAUGUAUAUAUUUGGAGGAUAUGAGCAGCUGGCUGACUGCUUCUCAAAUGACAUCCACAAGCUGGACACCAUCACCAUGGUUUGGUCGUUAAUUAAUGCCAGAGGCACUCCGGCACGCUGGAGGGACUUCCACUCAGCCACCAUCAUCGGGACAAAGAUGUUUGUGUUUGGAGGGCGGGCAGACCGAUUCGGUCCCUUCCACUCCAACAAUGAGAUCUACUGCAACAAGAUCAAAGUGUUCGACACAGAGACCAACUGCUGGCUGAGCACCCCUUCGACACAGCCAUCGCCAGAGGGACGCAGGAGUCACUCAGCCUUUUCCUAUAAUGGGGAGCUGUAUAUAUUUGGAGGAUACAAUGCCCGUCUGGACCGGCAUUUCAACGACCUCUGGAAAUUCAAUCCAGAAGCCUUUUCCUGGAAGAAGGUAGAACCGAAGGGGAAAGGCCCAUGUCCGCGGAGACGGCAGUGCUGUUGUAUGGUUGGAGAUCGAAUCAUCCUCUUUGGGGGAACCAGCCCCUGUCCAGAGCAAGGAAUGGGUGAUGAAUUUAACCUCAUGGAUCAUUCAGACCUGUAUAUCUUAGACUUCAGCCCUAAUUUGAAGACGUUAUGCAAAAUAGCUGUUAUCCAGUACAGUCUGGAGCAGUCAGGACUCCCACAUGAUAUCAGGUGGGAACUGGCAGCCAUGACAACCAACAGCAACAUCAGCAGGCCCAUCUUCUCCUCCCAUGGCUAACGCCUCUGAAUGUGAAGCAGAACCAGGACUCCUUGCUCUGUUCCAGGAAACUGAGCUUUUAUCUUUCUAAUCAACUGAGCUCCGACGGACUGUUUUUCUUUUGUAGAGUUUGAAUCUGUAUGGGAUUUAUUUUCCACAUUCUUCAAGUGAAAACUGACCAAAACAUCCUGCAUUAAGACUUCCUUGGACACCCCGAGCACUCUCAUGUCUGAGGAUAUUUUAACCCCUGAGACACUGGUUAAACGUGACAGAAAUAAUUGACCUGUUCACCUUUUUGUCUUCUUUCUAGCCUCUCUAGAAAUCCAAUCAGCCUAUGAUAAUCAUAGACUUCUAAUUUUAAGCACAGGAAGAGACAAGAACUUCAGCCAAAGGUCUUGAGAGCUAACCUCUUUGUUGAGGACGUCGUCGUGAUGUCACACUCAGUAGAUCUCCCCUAAGAGACAAGUACGACCCUCUGUUGCAGAAGAGACUGAGAUGGUCGUGAGUUUGUAUAUCUUGCAACUUGGUCAUAAAACCAUGUAAACUACCAUGUCCAUGCGGGAAAUGAAGGUGUGUACACUGUAUAUGGAGUGGACAAGGCUAACUUAUUACUUUGGUGUUAAAUGCAAGGAGAGAGAGUAUUGGGUAUGUGGUGUUUUGCUUGUGAAAGGUUCCGUUGACUGACUUUCUAAGCUGAUCUUUUUCCCUACUUAAUCAUAAGUUGGCAAACACCUUUCUGCUCUUAAGCACCUCAAAGGUGAUUUGCAGGGCGACUGAAGCAAGCAGUCUGUAAAAUAAUCAAGUCCAUCUACCUCCCUCAACAGCACCUAUCAUUGGCUUUUCAGUGAGACUUCCCAUUCAUUACAGAUCUACUUUCCCCCAGAAAAAAACAACCUUUUCACAGGGAAGUUUGUAUUGAAGGUUGUCUUCUUCCAACAGAUGUUGUGGUGUCACUGGGAGAGUGAAACUCACCUGCCACACCACCACCCCUCACUCUGUUUGUUUUUCAGUGCCAAAUGUAGAAGGGAAUCAUGAUGCAAAUAUAUACUGUGUAUGUGUGUAAGCUCAUGGUCCCGUCUACACAUAAUCCCAGCCCACCUGCUUCAGUUUGCCUGUUGUUGUGGGGGAGAUGAUCACUAAUAUGCAUAAUGUAGUUGUUCCUCUUCUAGACAAUCCUACAGCGAUCAGAGACUCUCCACGUGCUCACGUGUGUUUGUGUACGACUAUGAGCAAAGCUAAACCUGAGCAGAUGUUAUUAAUGCAUAAGGGCUGUUAUUAGAUUACACACUCACCACACAGCUGGAAAAUGACUUGGAAUAGCUCAAAUCGAAAAUGUUUAUUCAGGUCGUGUGGUUUUAUUCUCAUUACAAGAUUUAGAACAAACCUUUGAAAACACAGGAGUGGUGGUAAUCUUUUUUUUUUAAGCUUUUAUCUCCAACCACUUUAGUUAAAGGAUAAAGUUGGUGAUACUCUAUAUUUUUGAUGUAGUCAACAAAUCCCAUAAAAAGACCAAAACCUGCAGUGUGUAAGUCUGUCUGUCUGUCAAGUCUGUCUCUUGAUGGAAGCUAAGCAAUGUACUGCUGUGUAUGGAGGCACGAGCAAAAAUGUAUUUUAGCCACAAAUCUGUCACUUUAAGUGAACACUAUAUUCAGAAUAUUGUCUUGGACCUUAUCUAUUUACUCAGAUUUUUACUCAGAAAACAGAUUUUCUACACUGCAGAAAACGGGAGUUGCUGAUCUAGCACUGCCUCAAUCAUUUAAUUUGUUUGUUGUUAUUGUGUGACUUAAAGGGUUAGUUUAGAUUCAUCAAAAUCACACAAUAAUACAAAAUAACCAUUGCUUUAGGUGGUCAAAAUACAUUUUGCUGCUGCCCCUGUCCACAGCAGUACAUUGCUUAUCUACUGUUGUCUGCUUCUCUAAACUGGGGUCUUGCUGACUGCCACCUACUGUAGCAAUUACACUAUGGAUAAGUACCUCAAACUACCCCACUUCAAUAAAUCAAACUAUCCCUUUAACAGUUUUUGGACAACAAUGAAAGUCUAUGAAGUAAGAUGGCUUUUGACAGACAGCAGUUGCAUACAAAUAAUUGUUCACAUUUAUGGGAUUUGUUGACAAAAAUUAAAAUACACAAUAUCACCAGACUUAUCCUUCAAAUGUUAUAAAUAAGAAUAAUUAGUACAACGGCAUGACAUUUAAGUGAAUGGCUCGGUGAGGAUGAAUAUUCAGGCAGAAGAGUUUUAUUUAUACUGCCUAUUUAUUUGGAUGUAAAUAGGAACUGUGUUACCACACACUUGUGAGCUGCAUCAGUGCUUCCAGUCCUGGUCUUUGGGAACAUUUGUGCUGUUGAUUUCUGUCUGACCAGAUAGUUGCAUUGAAUCGGUAUCAGUCCGUCUCUGAUUAGCUGGUUGGAAUUGAACCCUGCAGGGCUCUUGGUCCCAAACAUCUGGACUGGAUAACACUGACCUACAUGGUAAAUGUUUACAAUUCUGUGUAUUUCAUGUAAAGCAGUGUAAACAAUCUUUAAAGCAGGAUGAAGUCACCAGAUAACUGCACUAAAGCCAAUCGUGGCAUGUCAGGCCUUACAGAGAGGAGACAUAUGGAUGCUGCUCUCUGCCUACGUAGAGUUCAAGAGUUUGAGACAUUCGUCUGCCCAAACCAAGUCCUAGUUUUAUUUAUAGACCGGUGGUGCCAAUGUGACUCAGUCUUAUGCUCUGUACACUGCACAUGGACAUAUCACACACUUGAUAUUCCUCAGUACCCCAGUUUAACGUGGACGAUACAAUAGCUAAUGCAGCGAAACCACACAAAAACAAACUACUGGUGAACAAAUCAAACUGUUUAUGUGACACCAAAUGGCCGUCGGCAAAACUGAUAUUUGUUUCUUUUUUUUCUAAUGUGUGGUGUGGAAGUCAUAUUUAGUUCAGGAUUUAGUCCUUGUUGCGUAUGAAGAUUAUGGGUGGUGGUAUUUUCAGUCAAGAACUUUUCAGGACAUGAAGUAACUAUUCAGUAAUGUAGACACUAUGGUCAGAAAUAAAAUAUCUGCACAACAAA